CCUCAAUAAACUCGGUGAAUAUUUAGACUUAACAUCGUAUGAAAUUAUUGUCUAGAUAACAAGCUUAAGGUGAAGAAAUAGGAUUGAUUCAAGAUUUAACACCAAAAACAUGGACCCUUUAAAAUCUUUAACCUUUCUGCUUUUUAUGGGUGCUUCAUAUUUGAUUCUAGUUGAUGCUCAAACAAAACAUAAAGUACAGGUGUUACUUACUACAGGAGACCAAUCAAAACUUCUGUCUCAAGAACCAGACUUACAUCCAAGUCCUACUAAUGGCGACGGACCGGAAAUAGUAGUAGAUAAAAGUAAACAAUAUCAAAGAAUGGAGGGAUUUGGUGCAGCGAUCUCAAAUUCUGCCGCUUACGUAAUUUAUCACAGUCCAAAAAGACAUGAGAUUAUGCGAGAUCUUUUCAGUCCGGCAGACGGAAUAGGAGUAUCUUUCGUCCGAAUAACAAUGGGUGGUUCUGACCUACAAGCUGUACCUCCGUACACCUAUGAUGAUAUGCCUAACGGCCAAACAGAUUUUAAUAUGGACCAUUUCAGUGUUAACAAAGAUCGUGAAUUCUUUAUACCUAUUAUCAAGGAGGCAUUGAGUCUUAAUCCAAAGCUGAAAAUACUUGGAUCUCCUUGGAGUCCCCCAGCUUGGAUGAAGUCAAGUAAUUCACUUUACGGAGGUGAUUUUCAUGUGGAUUAUGACGGAAAAUACCAACAGGCGUUAUCCUUGUAUUUCGUAAAAUUCAUUCAAGCGUAUAAAGCAGAGGGUAUAGAUAUUCACGCCAUUACGAUCCAAAACGAACCCAGAUACCAGACGACAGGUUACCCAACCAUGACAAUGUCUUGGCAAAUACAAAGAGAUUUAGUUAAAUGGCAUAUGGGACCGUUAUUUCUCAGUAAUAAUAUUUAUACUAGAAUACUAAUAUUUGACCAUAACUGGGACAUUCAUGCAUAUCCGGAAAAUAUUUUAAAGGACCAUGAUGCUGCCCAAUACAUAAGCGGUGUGGCUUGGCACUGCUAUGGAGGAGACAAAUCUGAGUCAGCAACAUUUCACAGCAAAUUUCCAAACGUUGAUAAUUACUUUACGGAAUGCUCCGGUUUUGCGAGCGCACCUCAUUUUAGUGAUAAUUUAGUAUGGAAUUUGGACGUUUUGUUUAUUCAUCAACCGACGUGUUGGGUUAAAUCAGUCGUUCUUUGGAAUAUAGCCCUUGACGACCAAUGGGGACCCCAAGUUCAGGUUUCUGGAUGUAAGAACUGUAGAGGAGUAAUCACUGUACCACGUGGAAGCAACGUUUACCGGAAGGAAGUAGAGUAUUACGUCAUCGGCCACCUAUCCAAAGUAGCCCAGACCCAAUCAAUGAGAAUAGACUCUACUGACAAUGUUGACGGCUUACGUUCGGUUGCGUUCGAGAAUCCUGACGGUACAAUUGCAGUGGUCAUACUAAAUAAGCAAGAUCAGACCAAAUCGUUGAAUGUAAACAUUGAUGGCAAUAUUUAUCAUUUCUCCUUGAAUGGAAAGUCAGUUGUUUCGAUGUUAUAUUCCCCUUAAAUUGCAGCAUGAUACUGCAAAAGUGUUUCGAAAUUUUUGUGCAGUGUUUUAUGUAACAAAA